UUUUGAAAUAAAUUACCUUGGUACUUGGCAACACUAUCACUGGUAUUUUACUAAUUUUCUUGGCCGCCAGCUGCCAGCAGUCGUAGGGAUUUUCUAAAUCAUUUUAACUUUUAUAUUUCCAUACAAAAUUAACAUUUUUAAAGGUGCACUAUAUUUCUAAGCUGAUUGCUAAUAUCGUAUUUAUUACGAAAACACUUCUCGUCUACGACGUUAACCAUUGUUUUGCAAAACGUUCGCAAGAUAUUCAUCUCAACGUGCAAGCGACACUCAAUUCACAGAUAACAAAAACGUAUUCUUCAAGUUGUGAAACAAUACACAAAUAACCGACAAAAACGACAUGGCACAAUCCUCUGUAGCUGGCACAGCCUCUUCUGCCGCCGCUGGCGCCGGUGUGACGAUUCCAGUCGACACUACUGGUGCCUUGGAUAUCGGUGUGGAUAUGAAUUUAGUGGAUAUGAAGCACUGCUUCGAAAAUCUCAUAGUGAUAGAUGCGGGUGCGAAUCUAACAAACAAAAAAUAUAGCCGUGAUCUGGAAUCAGUAAUACAACGAGCAAAGGAUGCGGGAGUUCAGAAAAUAAUGGUUCCAGGCACAUCGGUAAAAUCUAGCAAAGAAGCGCUUCGUCUAUCACGAAUUUAUCCCGAUAUAAUUUAUUCGACUGCUGGCAUACAUCCACACGAUUCCAAAUCGAUUGUCGAGGAACCGAACACCUGGUUCGAGUUCGAGCAUAUUGCGGCUUCACAGGAAUGCGUCGCUAUCGGACCAUGUGGCUUAGAUUAUCAACGUGAUUUCUCUGAGCCAGAGACCCAAAAGGAAAUUUUUGAAAAGCAGAUACAUUUAGCUUGCAAUUUGAACAAAUCUCUGCUUAUACAUGAGCGAUCCGCGCAACAAGAUGUACUCGAUAUCCUGGAUAAAUUCGAGACUUUACCACCUAUAAUCAUAAGAGGAUUCAUGGGAACGGCCGACGAAGCAGUCAAAUAUCUAAAUAGAAGAUUCUAUAUCAGUUUAACUGGUUAUUUAUGCAAGGACAAAUCAGAUAGUGGAGUACGCAAACUCUUAGAAAAUGGAAUUCUUCCUAUCGAUAGACUGCUCGUCGAAACGGACUCGCCGUUCAUGUACCCAAAUACAAGAGCUUCCAAGCUGCCGCAACAUGUUAAGACUGGAAUAACGGAACGUUCGCUUUUAUAUUUACAUAGGUACUGCACCUUUCAACGCAACGAGCCUUGUAGUUUGCCCGCCAUUGUAGAAAUGAUAGCUGCUUUUAUGAAGAAAACGCCCGAAGAAGUAGCUUUAGCUACGGCAUUCAAUGCAUUGAAACUCUUUGGCCUAUCCUAAAAGUUAAUGGCUGUGAUAUUACUUAUGUAGACUGUCAUACAAUUGCUUAGUGCGACAAAAUAUCACUUAAAGCACAUGCUUUCCAACCAUAAAACAAGGAGUGAAUUUAUGCAUAUAGAGGAAUCCAAAACGAAAGUGCCAAAUUUUUAUUUGUGGUAAUAUAGUGUUUUGUGAAAUUUCCUUAAUACGCUAUGAACUACAAGACUUCAAAAGUGCCUUAAAUGAAGUGCGAAAUUCGGCAAACGGCUGAUAAUAAAGCAAACGAUAAAAAAAAAAUAUUUUACUAAAAAGAAAAUUAUGUAAUUAACGAAUCGACACUUAUUUAUUAUAUAUUACACAUACAUAUGUAUACCUACUAACAACGACGUGUUUUUAAAGCGCAUGCAAAUUCGUAAUAUACUCAUAUUAAAUCAACUGAAGAUUCGAAUACACAAGUCGACCUAUUAGUGUUAGUUGCAACUACAUAAAAAAGUAUAUUUUGUUUUUAAGAACGUAAAACUAUUUAGACUGCAAAUUAAAUCUGGAUAUUCGGUGAGGAUAUAGUUAGUUGGAAUCGACCAGAGUUCCUUCUCGUGGAAAACCCCCUAACCGUGAAAUGUAAAUGAA